AUGUCCCAAAGUGCUGAGCAACUUCUCGACGAAUUGAGCAAGAAACUCGUUGACGAGGUCAUUCCAGCAGCUCAAAAAGAGGCGGAGUCAGAGCGACAACACCAAAAGACUCCACCAUCGUCGUUGAACGAUUCGUACGCUGAAGAAGUGCUCGGAGAAGAGAGAAAACUCAUCAAAACUGAUGACUCCAGCUUUUUUUUUGGACGGAGACAUGGAAAGUUCUAG